CGACUCGACCCUGAAUUCCAUCUACUCGGCCGAUAUACACCGAUCUAGCACCAGACACUGCCUUACAAUGCCUUGAGUACCAACCACCAACGCAUACCCACUAUGCCUGCCUUCCCUACCACCCCCAUCGCCGUUCUCACCGGCCACGCCGGCCCCGUCCACGCCGUCGCCUACUCCUCCGGCAGCCAAUCUUACAUCCUGACCGGCUCCUCCGACCGCACAAUCCGCCUGUACAACCCCUCGAAAGCGCCUCUAUCUUCUGCCGCCCCUCCCUCCAACGCCUACACGCCAGGCCUCGUCAACAAGUACACGGCGCACGGCUACGAAGUCCUCAGCAUCGACGUCAGCGAAGACAACGAAAAGUUCGUCUCAACCGGCGGCGACAAGACAGUCUUCGUCUGGGAUGUGCAGACUGCGCAGACGAUCCGCCGCUUCACGGGACAUGCGGGGCGUGUGAAUCGGGGCGUGUUUGGCGGCGAGGCCGACAGUGUGGUUGUGAGUGGGAGCUUUGAUGGCACGGUGCGCGUGUGGGACCUCAGAUCGAACUCGUACAAACCCGUCAUGACGCUGGCGGAUGCGAAGGAUAGUGUGACGGAUGUUGCGGUGUACGGGGCGGAGGUUCUGGCCGCGAGUGUGGACGGCAGGGUGCGCAGCUAUGAUCUGCGCACGGGGAUGUGUGAGGUGGAUGUCGUGGGGUGGCCAUGCACGAGUUUGAGCGUGAGCAAGAAGGGAAGCGAGGUGCUGGUCAGCUCUCUGGACUCCACCGUGCGGCUUAUGGAUCGUACCAACGGGCAAUUGCUCAAAGCGUACCGCGAUGAGGCGUUUGUGAACAAGGACCUUCGUGUUAGAAGUACAUUGGGCCUGAAUGAUAGCGUGGUGCUCAGUGGGAGUGACGACGGUAUGAUCUUCGCCUGGGAUCUGCUGGAAGGCGAAUGUUUGCACAAGUUCAAGCACUCUGAGAUGAGGGAGGUUAUGGGCAGGUCAACAGGGCAGCCCGCUGGCAAAAAGGACGUCGUAUCUGCUGUCGCGUUCUGCAAGACAAGAAGAGAGUGGGCUAGUGCUGGCGGCGACGGCAACGUAGUCGUCUGGGGUAUGGGAAGCUGAGGGUGGAGGUCGCCGUUGCAAUGUCUAUUUUCCGUGAUACCCUAAGUCAUCUCCCAAUUUCCAAUAAAACCACUUUUGAAUUUUCGCAAAAACGCCUGUCUAAUGCAAGGUAUCAUAAAUCAUGUCCUGAACCCUCUACCACAAACACAUAGUCCCUCCAUG